CGGCCGCUGCGGCGGCGAGUGCGGGAGCGGAGGCGGCAGCAGCAGCAGCGGGGCAGGUGGCACCGUGCGACACACCGGGACCAUGCGUGAGAUCGUGCACAUCCAGGCCGGCCAGUGCGGCAACCAGAUCGGGGCCAAGUUCUGGGAGGUGAUCAGCGACGAGCACGGCAUCGACCCCACGGGCAGCUACCACGGGGACAGUGACCUGCAGCUGGAGAGGAUCAACGUCUACUACAAUGAAGCCACUGGUAACAAGUACGUCCCCCGUGCCAUCCUGGUCGACCUGGAACCCGGCACUAUGGACUCUGUCCGCUCUGGCCCCUUUGGACAGAUCUUCCGACCUGACAACUUUGUCUUUGGUCAGAGCGGGGCUGGCAACAACUGGGCAAAGGGCCACUACACAGAAGGAGCUGAGCUAGUGGACUCUGUCCUGGAUGUGGUGAGGAAGGAAUCGGAGAGCUGCGACUGCCUCCAGGGCUUCCAGUUGACCCACUCGUUGGGCGGCGGCACGGGCUCUGGCAUGGGCACCCUCCUCAUCAGCAAGAUCCGGGAGGAGUACCCCGACCGCAUCAUGAACACCUUCAGUGUCAUGCCCUCUCCCAAGGUGUCGGACACGGUGGUGGAGCCCUACAAUGCCACCCUUUCUGUGCACCAGCUGGUGGAGAACACGGACGAGACCUACUGCAUUGACAACGAGGCCUUGUAUGACAUUUGCUUCCGCACCCUGAAGCUCACCACUCCCACGUACGGGGACCUCAACCACCUGGUCUCGGCCACCAUGAGCGGCGUGACGACCUGCCUUCGCUUCCCCGGCCAGCUGAACGCCGACCUCCGCAAGCUGGCCGUCAACAUGGUGCCUUUCCCGCGGCUGCACUUCUUCAUGCCGGGCUUCGCCCCUCUCACCAGCCGCGGCAGCCAGCAGUACCGAGCCCUGACGGUGCCCGAGCUCACGCAGCAGAUGUUUGAUUCCAAGAACAUGAUGGCGGCCUGCGACCCCCGCCACGGCCGCUACCUGACGGUGGCUGCCAUUUUCCGGGGCCGGAUGUCCAUGAAGGAGGUGGACGAGCAAAUGCUCAACGUGCAGAACAAGAACAGCAGCUACUUUGUGGAGUGGAUCCCCAACAAUGUGAAGACGGCCGUCUGCGACAUCCCCCCACGCGGGCUCAAGAUGUCUGCCACCUUCAUUGGGAACAGCACGGCUAUUCAGGAGCUCUUCAAGAGGAUCUCGGAGCAGUUCACGGCCAUGUUCCGGCGCAAGGCUUUCUUGCACUGGUACACCGGGGAGGGCAUGGAUGAAAUGGAGUUCACGGAGGCCGAGAGCAACAUGAAUGACCUGGUCUCAGAAUACCAGCAGUACCAGGAUGCCACUGCUGAUGAGCAGGGUGAAUUUGAAGAGGAAGGAGAGGAGGAUGAGGCAUAAUGUUGAAAGGAAUAGGAUAAAGGUUUAGUCUAAGCAGGCAAGUGUUCAUUGAGAGGAGAAAAGUCUGUGCAGUUGUGCUGAAGCAUGCGUUUUUUAAUUUGGUGCUCUCCACUGUUGCUUCUGUCAGCAGUUUUGUAUCCUUGACUGUCCAGUGUAACAGUAGUUGCAAAAAUACUUCAGUCUUCUGUUUAAAUGGUUAACUUCUCAAACAUAAAGGCUUUUUGUGUUCUAAA